AUGAGGACCGACGCCAAGCCAGGCCAAGUGUUGGAGUACUUUGGUGCUGCGCGAGUCAGGGGCAGCAAGAUUGGAGGAAAGCCAAGCCCGGUCAUGCUGGUGUGGAUGGAGCGAAUCACCACGGCCAAGACAGGGGCUUGGCGGCAUGAAAGCUGGGCUUCGGAAUUGGCCGACUUCGUCAAUGCACGCUACACGCUACGGCGAUCCGAGCCCGGCGGGAAGCCAAGCCAGGUCGGAGCAGCGUUUGAGCCGCUGAGCACGACACAACAUCUAGCCUACACUGACGCCGACGUCAAUCGGAGCUUGGCUCCAUCAAGAGGCCGGGAGGUAGAGGCGGGCGAGUACGAGCAAAGGCAGGCACGCCGGUUUCAGCAUCGCGCCUGGGCUAGGCCGGGCUUGGAAUCUGCACUGGAGCGUAGCCAGCCGAGGUGCCGCGCCGAUGGCGAUGCGAGAGCACUUGGAACCAUAGCUUGCGUCGGGCGUCUCGGCACAGGUCCGUCGGAUACAGGACAUGGCUGGGCAGCAUUGAGCUGCGAUGGAGGUGGAUGCGACCAUGCAGGUGUCAGAGGCGAACGCAGCAGCGCCUAA